CCUGGAUGGCAACAAGGUGUCAUUUCCAAUAGCUGUUUUCAUCUUUUAUUUACUAAUUUCAGCUGUCUGUAAGUUGAUAAUAUAUUUUUAAGAAGAGAAAAAAGAACCUUUAUUAAUUGAAUGUAAAUCGCAGGCAACAGAAAAUUAAAUUCUCUAAGAUGCCCUCUCGUCACUUAAGUGACAGUUUUCCAAACUAUGGCUUUCAUCCAUAAAAAAAUUCUGUAGUUAUUUCCAGUUUCUCAAUGAUAUCAUAAAAUAGUGAAAUAUUUCUAUUCCAAGUAAUAAAAGUCUUCAGCAAUGGAUUUACAAGUACCUAUCUACCCUGCUGUAGAAGAAAUUAGCAAUAACCAAUCCUCCUCUACAAUUCAUAAAAAGACAUGGACUGAGAUGAAGCAGCAGGUUCGAAAUGUGAGGAGACAACUAUCCAGUAUAUCAGCCAAAAUUCCCAAUUAUUUUGAAUUCAAGGAAAUACAAACAGAAAAUGAGUCUCGUAUGUAUAGGAUAUAUUUUUUAAGUACCAUAUCCUCUAAUCGCGAAACAACCCUGCUAUACUGUGAUGUACCCAUGGACUGUGCAAAAACUAAAGUAGAGACAUUUCAAUGGCAGCCACUUUUAGAAUCUUCUUUUCAAAUGCAUCACUCGCAGGGACAUUUUUCAAGAGAAGAACAACUUCAAUGGGAAAGGAAGCGAUUAGUCAUAUGGGGAAUAACAUCCUUUGACUUCCAACCAGCAUAUGGUAGAUUUGUGUUCCCGGCUAAUGGUGCUGUGUUUUACUGUGAUGAUGACUACAAACAGCAUCCACCUCUUUAUCCCCGUGAGUUAAAAAACACACCUGGUAUAAAUGCAAGACUUAAUCCUCAAAUGUGCCCAUGGAAUCCAAAUCUUAUUGCCUAUAUUAGCAACUUUGAUAUAUGGGUUCACAAUAUCUUGACAUCUAGUGAUAUUCGACUUACAUAUACAAGAAGAGGAACUGUAGAUGUUACAGAAGAUCCUGUGAGUGCUGGUAUUCCAUCCUAUAUUACACAAGAAGAAUUUAAUAGAUAUACUGGAUUUUGGUGGCAGCCUGUUCCAGAUUCUUCUGGCAAUGAAAUUUAUCGUAUAUUGUAUGAAGAAGUGGAUGAAUGUGAUGUUGAACUUGUAUAUUUACCUAGUUAUGGAGAUGAGAAAGAUCUUGAAGUGUUUAGAUUUCCAAGAGCAGGGACAAGCAAUGCUAAGUCAACUAUUAGAAUUGUGCAAUUUACCUUAUCAACAACGAAUGAGAUAGAAAUUUUAUUAGACUUGUUGCCUCAAGAAAAUCUGAGGGCUAUCUGUCCUGAUAUGGAAUAUCUUGUCAGAGCAGGAUGGACGCCGAAUGGUAGAUACAUGUGGGCUAUUGUUCUUGAUCGACAGCAGUGCCAUGAGCAGUUGGUUUUACUACCUAUUUCGUCUUUCAUUUCGAAUCAUCCAUCUAGUACCUUUAAUAACCACGUUGAACAUAGUCCUGUUAUACAAGUUAUUUAUGAAGAACGUUCUAUAGCAUGGAUUAAUGUUCAUGACAUUCUAUACUUUUUUACCCAAGAGAGCAGUCGAGAACUUACCUUCCUAUGGGCAAGUGAAGAAACAGGAUAUAGACAUCUCUAUCUCAUAACAGUGGAACUGUUAAUGACCAGUGAUUUUGAAAUGUGUGAUUCUGCCUAUAGUCAAACGGAACUUUCUAAACGAAUCAAGAGAAAGAUACCACUCACAUGGGGAGAGUGGGAGGUGUCAGAAGUAGAUUUUUGGGUAAAUGAGAAGAAAAGAUUAGUUUAUUUUAUUGCUUUGAAAGAUACACCCCUUGAAAGGCAUCUGUACGUUGUAGAUAUUGAUAAUCCACAAGAGCCAAUUAGACUGACUGCUGAUGGGUUCUCCCACAGUGUGGCAAUGAAUGAUGAAUGUACAUUGUUUGUAUCAAUACAAAGUAGUUUAAAUCAAACACCUUUUGGACAAGUACACCAGUUAUAUUAUUCAGUGAAUUAUCCAUACAAAGUUACAGUACAAACUCUCGGAUAUUUUCUGGAACCUUCUGCCGUACCUUCUACUUAUCGUCAACCUGAGCUGUUUAGUCAUAAACUUCAAUCUGGUCAUUUAAUCUAUGGUAUGCUUUUCAAACCUCAAAAUCUAAGAAUUGGUGAAAAAUAUCCUACUGUGUUAACUAUAUAUGGUGGUCCUGAAGUGCAAUUAGUCACAAAUAACUUCAAAGGAAUGAGGUGUCUACGGCAAUACUUGCUCUCUGCUGAAGGUUAUGUAGUUAUUUCAAUAGAUUGCAGAGGCUCAAGGCACAGAGGGGUGGCAUUCGAAAGUCAUAUCAAAGGAAGACUGGGAACUGUUGAAAUUGCUGAUCACGUGGAAGUUCUGUUAUGGCUAUCUAAAUCCAUGGGCAUCAUUGACCUGUCCAGAGUAGCUAUUCAUGGAUGGUCUUAUGGUGGUUACCUUUCUCUGAUGGGCUUGAUACAAAGACCUGAUAUUUUUAAGGUGGCUAUUGCUGGGGCCCCAGUUACCUCAUGGAUGUUGUAUGACACAGCCUAUACAGAACGAUACAUGGACACCCCCGCUAAAAAUGCUUCGGGUUAUACAUCUGGCUCUGUUUUGGCAUAUGCAAAUGAUUUCCCUGAUGAAGAAAACAGAUUAUUAAUUAUUCACGGUUUAAGAGAUGAGAAUGUUCAUUUUGCUCACACCAGUCAACUUAUCAAUGCAUUAAUAAAAGCUGGAAAACCUUAUCAAUUACAAAUUUAUCCUACUGAAAGGCAUAGUUUACGACAUUUAGAUACUAGUGAACAUUACGAAACGACCCUGCUCAGUUUUUUACAGCAGCAUCUUUGACUUGAAGAAUUUAUAGGCUGUUUUUUAAUUGCAUUAAUGUAUCAUUAUCAUUUACAAAUAAUUCACCUUUUCAAUUUUAGAUGUUCAAGAGUUUUUUUUAUUUUAAAAUACUAUUUUUAAUUACAAUGUAUCAUGCUUUGGUUAUAAAACCUUUAUUGACAAAAUUACAGCAUGGUUAUGAUUAAAUUUACCUAAUUUAGACCAACAUAAGAGUUCGUUCUUGGUGAUGGUAUGACGUUGAAGCUUUGUAUUUACAUUAUUAUGGGCUAAUAGUAUGGGACAAAUUUAUCUCUCUUGACACCAGCCACCGGGCAUAGCAAAUUGAGUUUAUAAAAUAGUCUUUUAGUUGCCACCCUCUCCAUCACUAGUUUUUUUUUCGUCAAAAAUUUAUUCCACAUACAUAUUAUUCUAAUAAUUGUUUUUUAAAAAAAUGUGGCAUUAUUAUGAAUGUUUUAUAACAUUCUGAAAAUUAGUUUAUUUCACACUUGUUUCUUAAAAUUUUUCUUCUUUGAAAUGAAUCUUGCAAUUUUAUUAUGCCUUGAGAAAUGUUUGAAAAGAAAUGCCUUUUAUAAUUAAUACCAACACUUUUUUUUUAAACCAUUUUAAAUUUCGGAAAAAGUGGCAACUUUUAAAAAUGCAACAAGUACCCAACUGACCAAUAGCUAAAUUUCCUAAUUUUGACUUAUGGCUAAUGGAAAAACGAAAUCAGUUUUUUAUCACCAGGGGACAAAAGGUGUUAAUAAAAAACAGAAAACACAAAUUUGAAGCACAAAAUUUUAUUUUACUAUAGCGUCUAUAUGCAAUAUUUUAUACUUGUUUCUUAAAAUUUUUCUUUUUUGAAAUGAAUCUUGCAAUUUUACUAUAUCUUAGAAGUGAUACCUUAUAUAAUUAAUAUCAACACUCUUUUUUAAACCAAUUUAAAUUUCUGAAAGGGGCCACUUUUUAAAAUGCAACAAGUACCCACUGAUAAGUAGCAAAAUUUAUUAAUUUUGCCGUAUAACUAAUGGGAAAACAAAAUCAGUUUUUAUCACUAGGUGACAAAAGGUGUCUAUAAGAAACAAAAAACAGAAAUUUGAAGCACAAAAUUUUAUUUUACUAUAGCGUCUAUAUGCAAUAUGAAUGAUCGCAAUAUGAUAUGAUAGCAAUAUGAAUUCUAUUCUCCUGAAAUUCAUGUUCAGAAUAGAUUAUAACAAGCUAAACCUAAACACAAAUCAAUUUUAGAUUUAUUGCAAAAACGUAAGCUCUCAUAAGUUCCUUUUAACACAGCUUUCAUCCUCUGACAUUGCAGCAUGACUUUAAUUCUCCAGUUUUGUCGAAUUUAGCAAUAAUUUUUUUUCUGAACUGUGAUAGUACAAAAUAAUUUUACAGUAGUGACUUACUAAUUGCUGGCUUCUUAAACCACUCUAAAAGCAAUAAUUUCCUUUCUUGGUUACCAAAGCGCCAUCUGUUGAUCAAAUUAAAAAAAAACUUGAAUUGUAAUUUGAAUUGUUCAUAUAACGUUAAUAUUGAGUUUCAUUCAUGUAAUUCUUUCAGAACAAACACUAUGUUGAUCUAAACAUGGUAACUUUAGUUAUAACCACUCUGUUCAAAAGGUGUUAUGCACCAGCAGUAAUUUCAACGCUAGAAAAAUAUCUGAUUUAGAUUUUGUUAUUAUCAACUGUUUUGGAAGAGAAAUAUCUGAUUUAGUCUAUGUCCUGAUAAAUCAGGAUGAAAACAAUUACUAAUUCUAAUUUGCCUUCUAUAUAGAAAAUUGAUAUAUCUGUGACUACCAGAACUAAUAUAAAAUUUAAGGUUGUAUAUUUAGGAAAAAUGGCUGUUUUAAGAGAAAUUGAAAGCUCAUAUGAAAAAAAUCUAAAUUAUCUUCAAAUACGUAUUACUACUUCCUAUUUAAAAAAAAAUAAAAACAUUGUUCUAAGUUAUUUGAAAAGACUAUAACCUCUGCUGUUGUAAAAAGUCCUGUUUAUAAUGAGUUUAUUAAUUUUACACUAAUCUUAAAUUUUGUUUCUUUUCUAAAUUUAUGAAAUUUGUACUGAAGUUUGAAUGGACAUAUCUAGUGAUUAUUAUUUUGUUUUUGUUAUUAUUAAAUUAUUUUGUCUUACUUUUUUCAAAAUUUUUUUUGACUUAUAUGUAUAAGCAUAGAAAUAUUCACCAGAAAAAAAAAAAGAAAGAAACGUAUUUAUUUAUUCCAUUAAAUUAUUAAACUAAAUAUUUUAUAAAAGAUUUUGGUGUUAAAAUUUCUUCACUUAUUGAAAAAUGUGGAUAAAAUGAAUUAAGUUUACUCUGCUGUUACUCUUUACUCUGCUUUAAGUAGUAAAAAUAAUUUUAAAAAAAUCGCCUUAAAUUCUUAGAAUUUUUAAAUUGGGUGAGAUUUUUAUUAUAAUUUUAAAAGCUUAAAAAUAAUUUUUACGCAGCUUCAUGCAAUAAUUGCUUUAUGUAAAUUUAUUCAAUCAUAUGAUUUUUUUUAAAUAUACCCACGGACAGUAUUUAAAGCAUAAUUUUACUUAAUUUUUUUUCAUGUGUCUUUAAUAUGCAAUAAAUUCUAUGGAGCAUCAAAUUUAUUUUUCUAUUAAUUUUUUAAAUUUGCAGAUGUAAAAAAAAAAAUGUUAGGUUCCAACACAAUAUUUAUUCAUAAGUCACUCAUAGAUUCAUAAUCUUGUAUCUGAUAUUCCAAAUGGGACUUAAAAAAAAAAAAAUUAUUACAUCUUAUUACAGAUCUAUCUAUUUCAGUUAUGUUAACUACAAAGUGCAGAACCUUUUUAUUUACUGCUUGUUGUGCUUCCCAGACCCUGUUACUGCUUUACAGUCAUUUUUCUUUUCAUUGUGAAAAAGAAAUUUGAUUGAAAAACAAAUUUAAUUUCAAUUGGCUGUGUUAUACAAAAGAAUAAAGCAGCUCAAAUAAAACUUAUGACCACUAAAAGAGGAUUAAUUGAAAUUUUAUAGUUUCUCUCUCUGUUUUUGGAAUAAAAAGAAAAAGAAUUCUAUAAUAAUUCUAAAAAAACGUAUCUGACAUGCCUCAUAAACUUAAAAAUAAUAACAAUAAAAAUAAAUAUGUUUUUUGUUUAAUGAAUAAUUUGUCUUAGAGAAAAUUUCCAUUGGAUGAAAUAUUUUUAUUUUUAAAAUUGACUCUAUUUUUUUCAUGCAGAAAAGCCAUAAAAAUGUCUGUAAAUAUCAUUAGUAUCUUAAGGGAUGGCUAAUUCUUUCUUGGCUGUAAUGUGCCAAGAUAAUAGUUUAAUCUGUAAGUAAAAACAUAUUUAGCAAGGUAUUGUACAUGACAUGAAUGUAGCAUCAAUUUUUAUUCAAAUCAUUUGUUGUAAUUUGACAAGUAUUUUAAAAAUGCCUGAUUGUGUCAUGCGCGGUGUCCUAUAAAUGACGAAGUAUAGCAAGAAAAUGGUAGAAAUGUGUUGUUUACUAUGUUCUGCGUUGGAAAUUAUUAUCUCUAAAAUAUUCUAAAUUAGUUGCAUAGCUAAACAACAGAUGAGGCUGUUUACUGAAGAAACUGUAACAAAAUGUUUUCCAUUGCCUGUCAGACUGUGCCUCACUGUGCUUACAACUCAGGAUUGUUAUGAAAACAUUGUUUUAUAGUUUUGUUUAUUUAUCAUAGCCAUCUGUUGAUGAACUUUGGAACUACUUUUAAAAUUGGUGAAAAAAAGACUGGUUCAGUAAACUGUACAUUUUUAUCUUGUUCCAUUUUUCUUCACUAGCUUAAGUCAUUUUUGGAACAUCCUGUAGGAAUUGUGUGCUGUAAACAAAGAAAAACUAUUUUAUUGUAAUUUAUGUCGUAAAAAAUAUGUUUUAAAUGCAUAUUAUUUUUCUAAUUUUUAUUAAUUAGUUUGUCUUCACAAGUUUCCUUAAAAAUGAUAUGUUGCAAAUAUUUAUUGUGUCACAAUCGUUUAGAUAACUCUUGAGCAUCUAUCAUUGCCUUACAUGCAAUAAUAAAGCCUGCAGAUGAUGACAUUAUUUCACACUCUUAUUGCGAUCAAUCAUGCUUGUUUAAAGUGCUGCCUGUGCCAAUCUUGAAAGACUUAAUUUAUUGCUCAGGCAUCUGCAUGAGAGUUUAAAAGUCUUCACCAUGAAUAUAAGUGUAAUGUGAUGUUUAUAAGGCUAUUUAUUAAAUAGAGUGUUAUUUAUA